AUGCCAUCUUCCAAUACCUCUCACACCGGACAAUUACCCUCUGAUGCGCAAUUUGACGACGGCUCUGGCAUGUCUAACACAAGCGCGGAUUACCAUAAUAUGGCUGCCUCCGAACCCUCGUCAGGGCAAGGUGUAGACGGAGCCGAUGCUAUCGCGGAGGGUAAACAGAAUGCGAAGGCCGUCCUUGCAGCUUCGGGCGUUCCUCUUCCAUCCAAAGAAUCGAGCCAUGAUGCUUUCAAUGGCAAUAAUUCGCCUAAUACCACCAAUGGAUCAGCAGCAAGCCGAAAACGAUCGCGGGAUGGUUCCGUCAUACAAGCUCCACCCUCCACGGAAAGCCUACCAGUGCGCGUCCGCGAGACGCCAGCGGACAAGAUUCUUCUCGAAGACUACGUCAAUCGCGAGUUCCAUCAUUCCGCACUGACAGCUUGGCAGAAUCCCAGCCACGAACUUCUGCAGCAGAAACGCGCGGAGCGGGAUUACUUCUUGGCGGUCCGGCGCGAGACUCACCUGAACCCCGCGGCGUUGUACGGUGUGGGCUAUGAAGGAUUUGGAAAUGCUCGCACCGAUUUGCGGAGUCAACAUCCCCAGCUGCUAUACCCAGCCAACCGUCGACGUCCCGGAAAUCGACGGACGAGGGAGCUCCGGGUCUCUCGCAAAGAUUUGAAAACACAAAACGAACAAGUGGAAGAUCUGGUCCCUAUUCGCCUGGAUAUCGAUUGGGAGAAGAUCAAAAUCCGAGAUACGUUUACGUGGAACCUUCAUGAUCGUGUGGUCUCGCCGGAGCUGUUUGCCGAGAAACUCGUCGAAGACCUGGGUCUACCUAUGGAAACGUGUGCCCCGCUGGUGCGCAUGAUCUCGCAGAGUAUUCAGGAACAGCUUUGCGAUUACUACCCCCAUAUUUUCAUGGAAGAAGAUCCUCUUGACCCCCACCUUCCUUACAGUGCCUAUAAGAACGAUGAGAUGCGCAUUCUCGUCAAACUCAAUAUUACCAUCGGCCAGCAUACGUUGAUCGACCAGUUCGAAUGGGACAUCAAUGAUCCUUCAAACUCCCCGGAAACCUUUGCAGCACGAAUGACGGACGACCUGUCUCUCUCCGGCGAAUUUACCACCGCCAUUGCGCACUCGAUUCGAGAACAAUCACAGCUCUUUGUCAAGUCACUUUACAUCCUUUCUCACCCAUUCGAUGGACGUCCGAUUGACGAUCCUGAUCUCAAGACCGCGUUCCUCCCCUCUCCUCUCACUUCAUCCUUUAGACCAUUCCAGGCGGCCAAGGAAUUCACGCCAUAUCUAUACGAGCUUAAUGAGGCUGAGCUCGAACGGACGGAAGUCUCAAUUUCGCGAGACCAGCGCCGACAGAAACGGUCCGUCAACCGCCGUGGUGGGCCGGCCCUGCCUGAUCUCAAGGAUCGCCAACGUACUAUCCGCACAAUGAUUGUUUCAACCGUCAUUCCAAAUUGUGCAGCUUCUAUGGAUGAGAGUAAUGUUUUCAAGCGCUCUGGCUCAAGUCGCACCCGUCGUGCUGCUGUUGGCAUGCGCGACGGAGCAGAGGAGUCGGAAGAGUCGGAUAGUGACGAAUCCUCGAUUGCGGCAUCUCCGGCGAUUGGGCCUCACCUAGCUCAGGGCACGGCGCGCACGCGAGGUAUGAGAGGAGCCGCCACCGCAGCACAUGCCGCGCUCCGGGCAAGCCUGGGCCAAUCCGCCACGCCCGAGCCUCAUAACGAGGCGAGAGCCGCAUCACGCAGGCGUGAAUUUCGGGAAGAGAGUGUGGAUGAGCCGGAAAAGUUGAUUGUGAAGUUGAGAAUCUCGAAAGAGAAAUUCAAGCAGUAUCUUGCGCACGGGAUUCAAUCAAUAGCAAGCCUCGCGAGUUCCACCCCAGUUGCACAACCGCCAUCCCAGCAAGGCACCCCUCAAGUCCAAACCCCCACCCCGACUCCCAUGGCUCCUCCUGUACAGUCCCAGCCUGAAGUCCGCGUAUCAAAUGCUCCAUCGUCGGCGACACGGCCAGUGCCGACUCCACAGGCCAGAGCGGGAGACACUCCCCAUACCCCACAGAUGGGAGCCACCGGGCCUCAGGCUCCCAACUGGCUUGUAGCGGAAUUGACGCAGCUGAACCGGUCUUAUCCCAAUGACUCCUUCGAGGCCACGAUGCGGUAUACGGCCGUCGACACGGAAACCGGGCAGCCGGUAAUCAAUGCCAGCAAUCAAGUCGGUAAUUCCCGGCUGAAAUACCAAUACCUCCCACGCAUCCGAUGCCAUGAUUGUCCGGGCAAACUCUACAACCCCGGUCCUGGUAUGACGGUCGAGAACUUUAAAGUGCACCUCACCAACGGCACACACAUCAAGAAUGUCAAUGAACGAGUUGCUAGGACGGCGGCGGCGGAUGCAGCUAGAGCGGCCGUAGGGGAUGGCGGGAGCAGUGUUGAUACACCUCUGUGA